AUCUAGUAUCCAUCAACCAUGCAGGAACAUGGCUGAAAACAUUGAAAACAACCCAAAAGUAAAACAAGAAGCUUGAAAACAUUGUAAAAAAAUGAUGAGUAGGCUGGCUUUCAUGAUGAAAUCUAGCCACUGAUUCAGCUUCAUUUACAAAGGGAGUUCUUGUUGCUUCUGUCCCACUAACAGUGAAAACUCAUUGAAUCAUUGUAUUGGAGAACGCCAAAAGAUACAGUUCUGUGGGUUCUCACAACUUGUUUUUGAAAAAAAAAAUCGCUGCAAAACUACAAAUUUUGGGCUGUUUUGGCAUGUGGGUCAUUGCAGAAGUUCAGAGUUUUGGUUGUUUUGUCAAAAUGGCAGUCAUAAAGUUCUGGAAUUUUCAGAGAAUUGAGCUCACAGAAUGAGCUAUGAUGAAGUGGGGAGAUUUGUAGAAUUGGGUUCUUCAAGUGUUUACAGCAGGCAUGGGAAAAACUUAUGGUUUAGACAGAUAGUAUCAUAUAGUUAAUAAUGUCUACAAAGAUGCAGAUAAGAAGUUCAAAUGUUGAAGAUAGCAGCACCCUGCUACCAAAGGAUUCAGCUCAAUCCAGAUCUCAGGGAGGUUAUACUAAGAGGGAAUGGCCUCAGAAGCUCCUCAGGUUUCUGUUUUUCUUUAUGCUGUUGGCUUCCGGUAUCAUUAUGGGUGUGGUCAUAUGCUCCCACUUGGACCGCUAUUUGGAUACAAGGAGUUUGUUGUACCCCAAUUUUAUUUCCGCGAAUUCUAAUUCUUCUUGUAGUAUUUGCAAUCCUAAGAAGACAGAAGAUGAAGAUGCAUCCAUGAUGAAAAAGGCCUGGUUAAGGCCCCCCAGUUAUCUGAUGCACAAUAUGACUGAUAAAGAGCUGCUUUGGAGGGCUUCAAUGGUUCCAAUAAGGAAGGAGUACCCUUUCAAACGUGUGCCCAAGGUUGCUUUUAUGUUCCUUACCAAGGGCCCCCUUCCUUUCAUGCCUUUGUGGGAGAAGUUCUUUCAUGGGCACGAAGGACUGUAUUCAAUUUAUGUUCAUUCUCUUCCCAAUUAUAAGCUUCAGGUUUCUCCAAAGUCGGUCUUCUACCGUCGCCAGAUCCCAAGUCAGUUAGCAGAGUGGGGACGCAUGAGUAUGUGUGAUGCAGAAAGACGACUCCUUGCCAAUGCUUUACUUGACUUCUCAAAUUCCAGAUUUGUGCUUUUAUCGGAGUCCUGUAUUCCUAUAUUCAAUUUCAAUACAGUUUACGAUUAUCUUAUAGAAUCCCAACAUAGUUUUGUAAGUUCCUUUGAUGAUAAAGGUCCCUAUGGGAGGGGACGUUACAACCCAAAGAUGGAACCUGAAGUUACACUAAGUCAGUGGCGUAAGGGGUCUCAAUGGUUUGAGGUUGAUCGCAAUCUGGCAAUCAGCAUAGUUGCUGAUAACUUUUUCUAUCCAAAAUUCAAGAACUAUUGCACUCCAGCUUGUUAUGUGGACGAACAUUACUUUCCCACCAUGCUGAGCAUUCGUUUUGGGUCAUUUCUUGCCAACAGAAGUGUAACUUGGGUUGACUGGUCAAGAGGGGGCCCUCAUCCAGGAAUGUUUGGAAAGGCAGACAUCACAGUGGAAUUUAUUGGGAAGAUUCGUAAUACCCAGCCCUGCACUUAUAAUAACCAAACUUGCUCUGUAUGUUUGCUCUUUGCUCGGAAGUUUGCACCAAAUGCAUUGGAACCUUUAUUACAUCUUGCAUCAGAAGUAUUGGGAUUUGGUUGAAUACAUGUAAAAAAAUAAUAAUAGGUCUUUCUUUAUUCACUAGGCAGACUAUUAACUUAAAAAGCAUCCCAAUAACUGUAGUAACUCCCAAGGCCUCAUAUAUACAAUUCAUUGAGCACAUAAUCAGAGUCCAUUAUCCUACCAUACAGUUCAUCAGCCAGCUCCUUUCUACUUCUCUUAUCAAAGGCAUUCCUAGAACCACUUGAAUAGGCCCAUGGUUGGUUAUCUUCUGUCUUAUGACAACAUGAUUAUUUGUAAUUAUUAUGUUGUACAUUUGGCAUUUGUCUUAUUACUUUCUGGUUAUGUGUACUGGCCUUGUUACUUGUGCCCAAAUGUAUUAGUUACUGUAUUCAUUUGCUUACGGAAAUAUACAUUGGCACUUUAGUGCUUAGCUUCCAA